AUGCCCACAGAAAUCCUGCUGAAGAUCCUCUCCUACCUGGACGCCGUGAACCUGUUGAGCAUUGGAUGUGUGAACAGGCGCUUUUAUCAGCUGGCCAGUGACAAUCUGAUUUGGGUCAGGAUCUACUCCACUGCCUUUUCUGCCAAGCCCUCUCAUUGGAAGGUUAACUCCGCCAAGGAGACUGUUGCCUGCAAGAUCCCCCUGGGCCCAGAGGACAGAGAAGCUGGACAUUGGAAGAAGAAGUACAUAGCCAAGCAGGUGGCAUCCAUGAAGGCCACGGUGGCCCAGCUCCUGCAGCCUGCGAACCCAUACACUGGCCUCCCGGUCAAGAUCAAGGAGGCACUCAGAGUGUCUGGUCUAGGCUGGGUAAUUAUACUGAGAGACAAAAGCGGGAAAGAGUACAUCACAGAGCGUGCUGACCUUGCCGUAAAUGACACGUCCAUCACCAUCACGUGGUAUUGCAGAAACUGGCCGCCUCUCACCACCCUGUCGACCUUAGACCUGUGUGGUGUGACCCCAGUGUUUAUGGACCAGAAUAAACUCCCCUCGAGAAAUGGACCACGGUGGCGUUCUUUAAUCGCCCAGUACAGCUUGGGCGACCUGAGGGAGGCAGUUGCCAUGGGCUGUGACGGCCUGGUCCAUGUCUUCUGCCUGAGCCCUGGGCUGCUGGUGGGGCUCUGGAAGAGGGAGGACGAGUUGGCUUUUGUUAUGGCCAAUCUUCAUCUCCAUCAGCUCAUGGAGAGGAGCUCCCUAGGCUCAGCCAGUGUACCGUAUGAGAUGCCUCCUCACAAGCCGUUCUUGGAUGAUGGCCCAGGGUCUGGCCUGCACGGCUUCCAGCUCCACGUGGAUUUGCACAGUGGAGGACUCUCCUACCUGUGUGGCACGUUUCGCAACCUCUUUUCCAACAAAGGAGACAUUGAAAAUGGAUACAUGAAGCUCCUUGUGAUAAAUCUGUACAACAAUACGCAGCACGUACCUCUUAUUGGAAAAGUUGGCCUCUGUUGGAGAACGGACAUCUUCACAGGCUGCAUCCAGAGCUGCUCUGUGAUGGACAUGACGCUCCUGGACGAUUCUGGAAAGCCCUUCUGGUGUUUCAGCUCCCCAGUGUGCAUGCGGCCCUCUACCAGCACCUGUGAUGCCUCCAUCUUCCUGGGGCCGAGGUUCUGCAUGGACUAUGAGGACGUGGGCGGCCGAGCACACAUGGACGUGGUGUGGAUUGAGGAGACCGGGGAGUACUUCAUCAUCAGCCUGACUCUCUACCUCAGCAUCACCAAAGUCAACGACUGGUUUGGAACUCAGUACUAA